UUUCAGUUCAGUUUCAACGCUCCGAGUGAAGUGAACACACAGCAGAAACACCAGAACGACAGCAGCAACAUCUAGCGGCGUCAGCAGCAACAUCAGGCCACGGCAGCAACACUGAUUCGAUUUCGAUUUCGAAACCGCUCGAAUCUGAAUUCUAGAAUUGCCUGCGCUUGCGCUAGAAAUCUCUUCGUUUUUUCUCGCUUUCGUUUCAAAAAUAAUCAACAGCUGUCCGUUCCAAUACUUUAAAAACUGUUUCUUUUCCGGAGUGUGUGUGCGAUAUAGACCCUUCCUCUUCCGAUCUUCAUAUAACUGAAAAUUGUUUUCGAAAUAAUUACAAAGCAAAAACAUAAGAAAAAUACAGAAAUAUAUAUAUAAGGAAAAAGACAAAAAUAAACAAACACACGUGCGGUUUCUUUGCGGUCUUGACGCGGUUUCCGUUCGCAGGGUGUGUUGUUUUAUGCAAAUCGCCGUAAACUCAAUCAUACAAAUACAGAUUGCUAUCGGUUUGUGCUGAACAAAUUAUAUAAUUUGCCAUAAACAACUAACAUUUGUUAGUUGUCGCUGCAGUUAUCGUCGAGUGCAAGAGCGGGACAGAGAGGAGUCGUCAUGUCCAACACCGAGAAAGGAGGUCUGCACAGAGUGCGAAACUUCCUGUCAUGCCGCCAAGUGCUAAGCCUGCUGACCAUGCUCGGCUUCAUGCUGAACUAUGCCCUGCGAGUCAACCUGACCAUUGCUAUUGUGGCCAUGGUACGUCCAAAUGUCACUGCCCCGGUUAAUGCUACUUCAGCGGGAAAUGCAACAUUGGCGGGAAAUAGUACAGCUGGCAAUAGUACUUUAUCCCUGGACGGAGUUGAUGACUACGAGGACCGAUUUGCGUGGGACUCCUACCAGACCAACUUCGUUUUGGGCUGCUUCUUCUGGGGCUACAUCCUCACUGAACUGCCAGGUGGUCGUCUUGCCGAGCUAAUUGGAGGACGUCGAGUCUUUGGUCAUUCCAUGCUGUGGGCCAGUCUGCUCACUUUGAUUACGCCGCUGGCGGCGCACAUCAACUAUGUGGUGCUCAUCGUAGUGCGAGUGGUGCUCGGCUUCAUGCUGGGUGCUUCCUGGCCAGCCAUUCACCCGGUAGCCGCCGUCUGGAUUCCACCCAUGGAGCGCUCCAAGUUCAUGUCCAAUAUGAUGGCUUCUUCGCUUGGUGCUGCCAUUACCAUGCCCAUCUGCGGCUUCCUGAUCUCCAUAGCUGGCUGGGCCAGCGUGUUCUAUCUGACAGGAGCCGUGGGCCUGCUUUGGUCCUUGGCCUGGUUUGCCUUUGUCUACGAGACCCCUGCCACCCAUCCCCGCAUUUCAUCCGAGGAGAGGCGUGAGAUUGAGGAAGCCAUUGGUACAUCCACCUCCAAGAAGCGCGCCAGCCACGUUCCCUGGGCUGAUAUGCUCUGCUCACCCGCCGUCUGGGCCAUCAUCAUCUGUCAUGGUCUGGCUGUCUUUGGUUUCUUCACAGUGGUCAAUCAGCUUCCCACUUUCAUGGCCAAGAUCCUUCACUUCGAUAUCAAGCAGAAUGGUUUGUUCUCAUCGCUGCCUUAUCUGGGUAAAUACGUAAUGGCUGUGGCUUCGUCCUAUCUGGCCGAUUACCUGCGCAAGAAGGGCACUUUGAGCACGACGGCUACUAGGAAACUCUUUACCACUUUUGCACUGGUGAUUCCGGGUCUGCUGAUGAUAGCGCAGGUGUUCCUUGGCUAUGACGCCACCUGGUCCGUGACGAUCUUCUCGCUGGCCUUGUUUGCCCAUGGAGCUGUCACCGCUGGUUAUUUGGGCAAUGGCCUGGAUAUUGCACCGAACUUUGGUGGAACCAUCUUCGGAAUGGCCAAUACGCUGUCUUCCCUUGGUGGGUACGUUUCCACGUGGAUGGUGGGAGCUCUUACCUACAAUGAUGAAUCCUUCCAUUCGUGGCAAAUUGUCUUCUGGAUUCUGGCAGGCACUUAUAUCUCUGCAGCUUUAGUCUUCGUUGUCCUGGGCUCCGGUGAACUCCAGCCCUGGAACAAUCCUCCAGAGCGCGUUAGGAUCAAUGAUGUUAACCAGGAGGAGGGUGUACCACUUAAGAACGAAAAGUGAAUUCCCUUUACAAGUUAACCUCAAUCGGUGCUUCUACUGUUUCUGAUGAGGGAAAGGAAAUGAAGUCCGGCGUUGGAGAUAUCGAGAGUCAAGAAUCGAACAUCUCACCAGACACAAUCAUCCGCACAAGUUAUAGUAGUUGCUACUGCACCAAUGAGAUUACGGGGACUUAUGAUUUGCGAGGACUUGGGUCAGGACUUCAGGAUGGAAAACCGGACACUCAACACGGAGAAAAACAUGAAAUGAAAGACAUUAUUUUUAUAGAAACAUCCAAGUUUCUUUUCACUAAAAAAGAACAUUUACAAACAUCUCAUACCCAUAAACAAAAACCACACCUAAAAAACACUGUACACCGAUGCACCCGUCUGCUUAAUGGAAAUUGACUAUAUUUAUAAGUAAUAUUUAAUUUAGUAGGCCUACAUCUGUUAAAAUGUAGCCUAAAUUUAUAGUAUUCUGUAUGUCCACAGAGUGCAUAGCUGGCUGGUGGAAGGACCCAAUCCUAAUGACAUCCGACAAUCAUCAGCUGUGCCCUAUAUGAUUCGUUUUAUAUUUAAUGUAGUCCUAUUUUCUAGCUUAGAUGAACAAAAUACUUAUGCAAGUAGCGAAAUACAUACAGAUAUGCCGAUAGUGUAGAUAAGUUGAUUAAAACAUGUAACUUUGUACUAUACUUGAUUAUUUAUGUAAUUAAUUUAAACGAUUUCUAAGUUCAUAAUAAAGCGUAACUCAGAAAGAA